ACGACGUCGUUUUAAAUUGGAAAAAAAAAAAAAACCCAAAAACUCUGAACCCUCGUCCUCUCCUAUUUUCUGUGUGAAGUGUGAACUCAAAAAACCCUCACCGGCUCAAGCAUCAAAGAGGCACCGUCGCGAACCCCUGACUCCCUUAGAAUCAAAGCACAUGAUAAUGGCUGUGUUGGGUAAGGUAAAAGAAGCAGGACUUCCAUUGAUGAAGCUGGUGAAGUUGAGAGGGAUGCCUAUUUUGCAGCAAUUGCAUUUAGAGGAACGGCUGCUUCGAACCAGUUCAGAUAAUUGGUGCCUUAUUAACGAUGGAACCAGUCCCCCUGCCAUUGUAAUGGGUUUGUCUGGGAAACUUUCAGAACUCGUUGAAGCCAAGCCUGUGUUGCAAGAUCGUAUAUCCAUCAUCAGAAGGUUUACUGGGGGAGGAACUGUUGUUGUAGACCAAAACACUAUAUUUGUUACGUUGAUAUGCAAUAAAGAUGCUGUUUCAAAUGUGCAACCCUUUCCCCGCAGUAUCAUGUCAUGGAGUGGUUCAUUAUACAGUGAAGUUUUUGAAGGGCUUGCUGGUUUUCAUCUCCGUGAGAAUGAUUAUGUUUUUGAUGAUCGCAAAUUUGGUGGUAAUGCUCAAUCUAUAACCAAGCACCGGUGGAUACACCACACAUCUUUUUUAUGGGAUUAUGAGGUCAAGAACAUGUCUUAUCUCAAGUUACCUGCAAAGGCUCCUGAGUACCGAUUAACAAGAAGUCACAUGGAUUUUGUUUGUCGAAUGAAGGAGUAUGUGCCGAGAUCAGAAUUUAUAGAGAAAACUAUUAAGGCUAUUGGAGGCCAAUUUUCUGUGAAAUCCAUUAGCUUGGAGUCCAUAGACAUUCCCUCUGUUUCUGAAUAUGUUCAUACCACUAGGCUUCUCACAGAGCAGGAAAUUCAAGAGGCUUGCACUAUUCAAACUUGAAAAAAUAGUUACAAAAGGCUUGGCAAUAAUUUAUAAGCUAUAGUAUGUGAGAGAGAAUUCAUCAAUGGGGGAAUUGAGGAUGCUGCUGUGGACAUAAUUUUUUCUUUUGACCAUAAUUUCUUCUGACCAAAUUGUCUUUAUCUUUUGGUUAGAAUAUUUCAGAUGCUUUUAGUGAAAGAUAUUUUCUUUAUUUUAUUCUUAAGUUUCAAUUACCACACUACUUUUUCUGUAUAACUUUAACCCUUGGUUAUCUUUUUGUUAUACAACUUUUAGAUUUGGCAGUGUUGAUGUUUGUUCAAACGCAAAUUUCUAUCUUGGUGGAAUCAUGCCUUGGCCUAAUAAAUUGGCAUUGUAGCUUGAGUAGA